AUGUAUAUAUUUCAUAUUCGGCAUCUUUUUCUAUGUGUAAUUUUUAUUUCUAUCACUAAUAUCAAUGGUGAUGGUGUUCUUUAUCCAGCUAUAUUCAUUCCGGGUAAUGCAGGAUCACAAAUAUGGGCACGCUUAAAUCGUACAACACCCACGCCACAUUUCUUUUGUACCCACCAUUCAGAUUGGUUUGAAUUAUGGCUUGAUGUUCGUCUUUUAUUGCCUGAAAUUAUCGAUUGUUUUGUCGAUAAUAUGCGUUUAACAUACGAUCCAGCAACGAAGAAAACAUCGAAUUUAGAAGGUAUAGACACGCAAAUACCAGGUUUUGGAGAAACAUCAACAAUUGAACAUUUUGAUUCUUCGGGAUUUCCUUAUUCGACUUAUUUUGCACCAAUUAUAAAAAGUCUUGUAGCACUGGGCUAUAAACGAGGAUUGAAUUUACGUGGAGCUCCGUACGAUUUUCGACGGGGCCUCGAUGAACAAGAUGACUUUUUUACGAAUUUUACUCAAUUGGUACUCGAUACUUACGAACAAAAUAAUCAAACAAAAAUUGUAUUAGUAACACAUAGUAUGGGAGGACCCUUUGCUUUAUACUGGCUUCAUCAACAAAAUCGUAGCUUUAAAGAAAAAUAUAUUCGUUCAAUGGUGAAUAUUGCAACACCAUGGGGUGGUGCUGUGAAAGCUCUUCGUUUGAUGGCUAGUGGUGAUAAUAUUGAUAUACAUGGCGUUUCACCGAUUCGUAUUCGUCCUUAUCAACGUUCUGCACCUUCGACUGCAUUCGUAAUGCCAAGCGUGAAUUUUUGGGGAGAAGAUGAAACAAUUGUAGUCUCACCCAAACGUAAUUAUACAGUCAAUGAUUUCAAGGAAUUUUUCGAUGAUAUCGAAUUUCCGACCGGAUAUGAAUAUUGGCUUAAUAAUAAAGAUUUAUUGCAAGAAUUAACGCCUCCUGAAGUUGAGCUGCAUGAAAUCUACAGUUUACAAAUGCCCACGCCGGGUGUUCUUCUCUAUAAUAAUCGCACGUUUCCAGAUAUUCAACCAGUUAUUUUACCUGACGAUGGUGAUGGAACAGUAAAUAAAAGAAGUUUGCUUGGAUUUAAAAACUGGGAGGGAAAACAAGAACAAGAUAUUCUUUCAUUAGAAUUGGUGGGUGUCGAACAUUUAGCUAUUUUAAGACAUCCGACAACUGUCAAUUAUGUCAAACAAGUCGUAACAGGUCAAUUUGACCAAAAAUGA